AUGAGUUCUCGUUGCUUGUUAUUUAAAAAUAUAAGGAGUUCACCAGAUUCAUUGUAUCCAAGUCGAAAAUUAAUUUUGGCUAUUAAUUUGCUACUAUCUUUUUCUUACUUGCCGAAUCAAGUAUUCAUGAAAAUCUCCAAGUUCCCACCUACCGAUCAGAAAUCGCUAACACAAACAUCUCCGAUUCCAAUAUGCUCAUCCGAUUCUAUUGGUAUUCUUAUACUAAAUCCAGAAGUCAUGUCAGAUUUACCGUUCAUUAUAUACGCAAAUGGUUAUGAAGAGGAGCCAGAAUGCUUGCAACCUUUUCCUCCUAGAUCACCACUUCUACGCCUAGAAAUUCAACUAAAAUUUGGCUUUCCAUGUGGUGUGAAUAAAAGGCGAAUGGUAUUUCCACGUGUUGGUUUAGAAUAUUCACUACGUGUUCUACUUAAUCAUAUUGAUGAAAAUGAGUUUCAAGUUCAUAUGAAUAGGAUUAAUGGUUUCCGAAAAUUACCAAAAAUUCAACAAAAUCAGCGUAUUUUUGAUAUUCAUUGCCAGUAUUUCUCUGAUAUUAAUCAAACAAUUGGACAAGUUUUGGAAAUAAGCAUACACAGUAAUUCAGUUAAUGGGCCAGUGGCUGAGAAAGUAAGGUUAGGCGAUCGUGUUUUUCACAGAUGGCGCUGUGAUGAUAAAUAUGCGCUUAAAGUAUAUCAGUGUUAUGCUACAGAUGGUCGUAACAGAGAGCAUCAAAUCAUUAAUGAUCAGGGGUGGAUUAUGUUUUAG